AUGACCCUCCCAUCCCGGAUACCCUCACCAGCUCCCCAAGCUCGCCCCAAACCAGGUCUCCUCCUCGUACACCCCCGCCUCCACGACCCCACCCCAGCCAAUGCCACCACUUUCCUCCGCUGGACCAAACUCCAUUUCAGAGAUAUGCUCAACAUACUCGACACCGGUUGCGGUCGCGUCACACAAGACUUGCGGUUCGUUGCGCCGGAGGGCGAUGAUGGGUAUGGGCAUGACAAGAAAGAAGCAGGAGAAGGUGGCAAGAGCGCGAUGCCUAAAUACUUCUACACGUGCCUGAUGGAUGACAUUGCGUUUCUAAAGACGGAAGCAUACAUGGGUGUCAGUCGAAGACUGAACCUGGAAAAGAGCAGGAACUUAGAGGAGGGAGAGGUGGGCGUGGGGUUUCUGGAAGAAGAGGAGGAAGGGGAGGAGAAGAUGGUGUUUGACAUCGUGGAUGCUAGAUUCGCCGUGGGGGUUGGGAAGGGAAGGUGA